AUGCUGGCAUGCAGGCAGGCAGAGGUACCCCACGGCCAGCACCAACCAUCUCAUAUCAGUUUUCCCAUCUCCUCUCCCCAUCACCUUUCCCAUCUCGUCUCACGCAAGCCAAGCGCCACCUCUCCGGCUCCUCGUCCUGCUGCUCAUACCCAUCACCUUCCCCGUCCCACACGAGCUAAGCGCACACAGCAAGCGCCACAGAUCCACGCCAGGAAGGAGUCCACCGGCUUCUCCGCCUCACCUCUCCGCGGCCCGAGGACAUGGAGCGGCAUGGCGCUGCGCUUGUCGCAGAGCGUCUUCGCCGCCGCGUCCGUCUUCGCCAUGGUCUCCGGCAUCGGCAUCGGCUUCUCCAACCACGGCGCCUACUUCUACAUGAAUCUGGUGUUGAUCCUCCAGCUGAUGUGGAGUCUGUUCCUUGCUUGUGAGGAUAUCUUUGCUCUAAGGAAUAAAAAGUAUCUUCACACCCGGCAUAAUCUAUUGUUCAUUGUUUGCAUUGACAUGGCCAUGGCGAUUCUCAUUUUCACAGGAGCAAGUGCCUCUGCAGGCCUGACAAUUUUGAUCAUGUGGGAUAUGAAGCUCUGCGGGGCAUACCCGCGGCUGGCCUGCCGGCAGUUCGCGCUUUCGACCACCCUGGCGUUCAUCACGUGGUUGUUGCAAGCUGCGUCUGUUUUCUCUGGGUUCCGGCUACUGGCUUCGUUCUUCUAGUGAUCUCACGCACUCAUAAUCGCCGUCGCGACAUGCUAAGUCAGGAGGGUAAAUCGGUUGCAAUGUGCACGCAUCCUUCAUCACUUGUUAGAUAGAUGGAUUGUCUGUUUGAUAGUAGCUCAUCUUUAUUCUAGGAGUCGAUUAUGAACGCCCUGUGGUCGAACAGUUACUGUUUAGAUGAUGUGGGAUCAUUAAUAUGGAGAUAAGUCGUGAUCGAAGGUACCUGAAAAAUGCUCUGGUUGUUGUACAAUGGAAUUUCAUAUCUCUUCAAAUGGCUGGGACCAACCAUUUCUGGUUGCCGAGCAAUGU